AUGAACUGCUUUUAUACCUUUUUGUUUCUUUUUGCUUUGUUAAAACCGUUCUUUUGCCAAGCCAAAAUAUUCUUAAGACCAUGUAUAUUGAACGUCACUGGAAAUAAUGAUAGAACCAGAAUAGAUGUGGACGAACAGGACGCAUCAGUUACCAUCUUCACACCAAUUAAUGAUGCAGAAGUGAUUGAGGUGGUUUUCGGACCUCAAAUUAUCUGGAGAAGGGCCAAAGACACCGCCCUCCUCAGACUUCUAGCCUACAAAGCCGGUGACACAUACAGUUACUUGCAGAUUUUCUAUUCCAAAGGAAGAAAAGUUUAUGCCCAAACCAUGGUUAAUGAUGGCACCAAAUUGAUAAAUUCGUCAACAUUCAGGCUACCAGGAAAGGACACCACAGAGUUGUUUGGAGACCUUAAUUUAAACCAGAGAUCAACUGAAGAAAACCCCUACGAAAUGCCGGAAGAAAAACCUCAAGAAAGUAUUCAAAAUGAGCCACAUUACGCCGACAUAAUUGUCCUUCCACCAAGAACGACUGAAUUUGAGGAAGAGAUUUCAGAACCGGGGUCACCCACAACCAAGACCAAAUCAUCAAUAAAAACUAAGCUUAAGAGGUUUGGCAGAUAUCUAAAGUCUCUGGUUACGAAAAAACUGAAAAGAAAAGGGUCGUCCAACUCAAACACAGACUCUGAAGGGCAAACAAGCGAUGAAAACAUUCCCAUUUAUGCAAAAGUCAUAAAACCCCCAAAAUCAAAAUACCAUGUCGUAUAUGAAGAUCCUGCAAAGUUUAGGCUCAAACGAGAAGAAAAUGAAAUUCCACCAGAACUACCACCAAGACCAAUGUCAAGUAUUUAUGAAAACCUUCCAAGCCCAGAACUACCCCCGAGACCACUUCCAAGAAGUGUAUUCUCAAACGCCAAAGUCCCAGAAACUGAAACAAGUCCACCAAAAUUACCACCAAGACCAAUGCCUCGAGCUAAUUACUCACAGGCUAAGCAGUAUGGAAGUUCAUCAAUUUACGUGAACCCUUAUGAAAAUGAAAAUUCUGAAAGUAGUAUUAAAACAAGAAAUCCGAAAAGACGAAAAAUCAAUUUCUUAAACAGACGCAGUAACAAAAAUAAUGUCACGGAAUCUGAUGACGAAGAGCCCAUAUACUCAACUAUUGAUUUACAAUUAAGCAAACAACAAGGUGAGCCGAUCACGGAAGAAAAUGAUGAACCAACUACUGAGGAAUCUAAUAAGACUAGAAUAAACUUGAAAGAAGGCCUGAAAAAAGCACUAAAAAAGGUUAAAAAAGGGCUACCAAAGUUGAUAAAAUCAAGUGGAGAAUAUAGUCUGGAAGAUGAAGAAUCAGAAAAGCCUAAAAUAAGGAUAAAAAAAGCUAUUAAAAACUCCAUAAAUAAGGUAAAAGAGACACUGUCGAAAAUAGGAAACCAUGAACAAAUAAUGAACCUAGUUGAAUUGGACUUGGCUGGAGACAUGGAAGAGAUAGCAAAGGUAACUCAUUUUACUGGGCUUGAUAUUCCGACAACUGAAGUCCGUAUUUUUGGGGGAAAUUUAGUGAAGAGAAUCACACACAGGUUCCAGACUGUAUGGGAAUAUGACCCAAAGUCUGGGCCACUGAGGCAGGUGAUUCUGUUCGCGAAGAAAGGUUACCACUAUCUGCUCCACGUAAAUACCAAGGCAAGCCUAUUUGAAGGUCACCCAAGAAUGUACGAGGACAUCGAAGACCAAUGGAUGGAAAUAUCACUAGAUAGGUUCUUGACGAGGUUGGAAAUGGCAGCAUUUAACGAAAUUGACACGUUCUACGAGAAGCCUCCAAUAACCUCAGACUCAUUUGAAAUUCCUGAAGAGUUUAUGAAACCUGAAGAAAGCAGACCUCCAGUAUCUGAGCCUGAAUCUAGGCGAGAUAGUACAUCAUCCACUGGUUCUGAUUCGAACUUUUCAGUUCAGUCAUUAUCACCCUCCGAAAUUCACAAACCAGGGUCGAUGGAACCUGUAGAAACAGAUGACACAGCCUCAAUUUCAGGGGAAUUUAUUACUGAAAAACCUGAGGAAAGCAUUGAUAAAAUAAUGGCAGAAUCACCAAAGCCAAUUGAGGAACCGAAUAUAAACAGGUUACCUAAUGGAGAUAUUAUACCAGAACAAGAAUCAACACCAUCAACAACUGUAACACCGUAUGAAUCUAUGACGGAUAAGUCAUCAAUUGGAGACACUGAUAGCUAUGUUAGCAGCAGUUUGGACUCAAAGAAUUCGGUGCCGUACAGUAGUAGCGGCAGCUCGUUUGAGCGUAUAAAAACUCCAGAACUUGCGAACUUGCCUGAAGACUCAAGUGUAAGACCACUGUUAGAUGAGGAAGGGUUAAAUCUGUACUCAAAUGACGGAUUUUGA